AUGGAAGGUGAUGAAGACGGCAGCGUAAACAAAGCUGCUAGUGAACUGAUCAGGCGACAUCGUCAAAGUGAUGUGUUGGCUGAAGAUAUAACCGCAAUUAAACCGUAUCCAAAAGUACGAAUGUCGAUUAAGGAUGGGUAUGCCGUGAUUGCAUCUGAUGGUGUCGGUAAAAGAAGUGUCAUUCAUAAAACCACUGCUGGAAUGUUGGCCUCAGUUUCGCUGAAGCCGAACACCGUAUGUCGAGUGAAUACAGGGUCAAUGAUACCGGAUGGUGCUGAUGCAGUGGUUCAAGUAGAAGAUACGAAACUAGUUGAAAACGAUAACGUCGAGGAAAUUGCAAUUGAAAUACUGUCAGCUCCCAAAGUUGGACAAGAUAUAAGGUAUGAUAUAAGAUCACAGUUGUUAACCAUUCGGAAGUCCAUCAGAGCUAGAUUCUUAGCACAAUUAACUGAAUUCUGGAAAGUAGAAGAUACCAAACUAGUUGAACACGAUAACGUCGAGGAAAUUGCAAUUGAAAUACUGUCAGCUCCCAAAGUUGGACAGGAUAUAAGGGAAAUUGGAAGUGAUGUAGCUGUUGGAGACAUUUUAUUGCCGAUCAAUACCGUUGUUGGAUCGGCUGAGAUCGGUAUAUUGUUGGUCGAUCACCCAUCGAAUGAUCGUCCACUUGGCUUGGUCAGAGAUACUAAUCGACCUCGGUUGCUGUCUCUCUUCCGGAGCUGUUCCGCAAGACCGAUCGAUAUUGGUAUCGUGCCGGACAGUGAAGGUAAAUUGAUCGAUGCGCUCAACUUUGCGUUCUCAGUAGCGGAUGUUAUCGUCUCCUCCGGUGGUGUCUCUAUAGGCGAAAAGGACUACCUCAAGUCAAUCACUCAAGAGCAUUUCAAAUUCGACAUUCACUUCGGUCGUGUUUGGAUGAAACCCGGCCUGCCCACAACUUUUGCGACUGGCUUGUGGAACGGAAAGAAGAAAGCAAUCUUCGGAUUGCCGGGUAACCCCGUAUCUGCAUGGGUAACCGCUCAAUUGUUUGUGGUACCGAUGCUAAAGAAAAUAGCUGGUUAUGGGCACUACUGGCCAACUGUG